CAUGCACACGUGUGCACAUGUGAGCACGUACCCACACAUGCGCACACACACACACACGGGCGCGGGCACACAGCCCCGGCCCACCCUUCGGUGCCUGCUCAGGUGCUGUGGUGCCCUCAAGAAGGUGGCGGGGGCAGUGUAUGUGGCGGCCACAUGGUGCUCCCCACGCCCACAUAUGCCCCAGAACGGCUACGACCAGCCCUUUGCCUGUCACCUGGAGGCCUGGGAUGAGGGCCAGGGCUUAAUGAGUCUCGGGCACACACAGUGACCCCAGGCAGGGCACUGAGGGCAGGAGGGUCCUGGGGCCUCAGAGCGGCCUCUGUCUGCCGGGGCAGCCCAGGCCAGCAAUGACCACGGGGCGGGGCUGUGUUGGCUGUGUCUGAGUGUUUGGGGGUGGUCCCUGGGCGGGGAGAGGGUAGCAGAGCCCAAGGCCACACCUGCUGCCUCCCUCCCCUCCCUCCCCUCCCGACCCAGGCUGGUGGCUCCAGGGAGGUUUAAACACUGGCCUUGGCGGCUGAGGGAGGAGGAGGAGGAUGAGGCAGGGGCUGCUGGUGCUGGUGCUGGUGCUGGUGCUGGCUGCAGGGUCCCAGGUGCAGGACUGGUACCCCAGGGAGUCCCACACCCUCAACUGGAACAAGUUUUCAGGGUUCUGGUACAUUCUGGCCGUGGCCACUGAUGCCCAGGGAUUCUUGCCGGCCAGGGACAAGAGGAAGCUGGGAGCGUCCGUGAUAAAGGUGAACAAAGUAGGCCAGCUCCGCGUGCUCCUUGCCUUCAGCCGGUUGAAGGGGUGCCAGUCCCAGGAGGUGAUCCUGAGGAAAGACGGGAAGAAGCCGGUGUUCAGGAACACCCGUGCGUACGCGGUGGGCCUGAGGGAAGGACGGGAGGGCGUGAAAGGGGUGAAGGCCUUCCAGGUGCUGUCCACUGACUACAGCUACGGCCUGGUCUACCUCCGCCUGGGGCGCGCAGCCCAAAACUACAAGAAUCUGCUGCUUUUCCAUAGACAGAACGUUUCGAGCUUCCAGAGUCUGAAGGAAUUCAUGGACACGUGUGACAUUCUGGGGCUCUCCAAGGCCGCCGUCAUCCUCCCAAAAGACGCUGCAGAGGCAGGACGUGAGCUGAGCGGGAGCCCCAAACUGCUGUCCAGCCUCGAGAACCCCGAGUGUGGGCCUCUGAACCGCCCAUUCACCAGGCCCGGCGACCGCGGCGAGUCGCUUGGUCGCGAGGCCUCGGUGUCCCGCCCUGCGCGGUGA